AUGCGACCCGCUCGUUCGUGCAUCCGCCUUUGUUCGCGUUCUCGCUCGCUCGCCAAUGCGCCGCGCGCCGCGCCCACUUCCGUGCGCCGCAUUCAUCAAGACCUCUCACACAUCCGUCGUCCCCAAAGUCUGUCGCUUCGGCCGCAAGCAUUCAUACCGCACCUGUGUCGCCAUGCCUUCUCCACCACCGCAAGGUGCUCCGAGUCUGCUGCUGCGCCGCCGGGCGAGAAGCAGGAGGUUCCGCAAUACCAGAUGACCUUCACCUGCAAGGCCUGCACCACAAGAUCAUCGCAUAGGAUCUCCAAACAGGGCUACCACCAUGGCACAGUGCUGAUCUCGUGUCCGGGCUGCAAGAACCGGCACCUGAUCUCUGAUCAUCUCAAGAUCUUCGCCGACCAGAGCACCACACUUGAGGAUAUCAUGAGGGAUAAGGGACAGCUAGUCAAGCGUGGACAUCUUAGCGAAGAUGGUGACCUUGAGCUUUGGGACGAUGGCUCGCAGACGAAACACGCACCUGCUGCGCCACGGGCUCCUACUACGGAGAACACCGGCAGCGAUAACGAGGCUCCUGGAGCUUCGUUCAAGAGCUCAUCAUAG